AUGAUAAAAGGUAUUGCUCGUGAUAAACGUUAUUUUCAAAAUUUUGGAUCAUCGGGCAGCCAAAUGAAUGAACAUGCUGUACCAUUGAGUUUGAAUAAUCAAGUUAUUCGAUUAUUGAGUGAUUUGGGCAAUAGUAAUGGUGUAUUCGAAUCUAUUCAAACGCGUUGUAUUGAUCGGAAAGAGUUUUGGCAUCCGCCAGCAAAAUGCUAUUUGAAUCCAUUAGACUCUGUUGAUCAAUCAGUAAUAAAUGAAAAUCAACAAAAAUAUAAAAAUGCGAACAAUUUUCUUAUUCGUGAUAAAAUUCCAUUGCCUGUUAAUGAAGCUCGAUGUCUAUUCGGCAUAGCCGAUGAAACUGGUACAUUAAAACCAGGAGAAUGUGUCAUUCAGUAUUGCAGCCGCGAGAAUUCGUCCACUUCCGAAAAAUAUAUUGUACCCACAGGUACUUUAUUAGUUACUAAAAAUCCAUGUCUUCAUCCAGGAGACAUCCGUAAGCUUAAAGCUGUAUAUGUACCAAAGCUUCAGUCUUGUAUACGCGAUGGUAUUGUAUUUUCUACUAAUGGCCAUCGGCCUAGCUUUAAUGAAAUGACUGGAGCUGAUCUUGAUGUUAUUCGUAAUCUAUGUCAAUUUUAUGAAAAUAUUUUUGGCACUUUAUCUCUUUUUACAACUGAUGUUAUACUUGCUCCUCCUCGUAUUAAAUUACAACCACCACUUGAAGAAAUCAUUAAUUCUAUUCGGCGUAGUGCUCAUGGAAUAAGUCAAUUACCUAAACAUUUCGUACGGUGGUUACAUGGUACAUGUAUAUCAUGUCCCGUAAUACCAGUACUUGAGGAAAAUCUUGAAUCACCUGAUUUUACUUUUUAUAAUGAUGUUAAACAACAUCCUGAUGUCGUUUCAACAUUAAAACCAGUUCGAUCUUAUGCUUCUGGAUUAGUUACUUCUAUAAAUAAAACUCUUACUCAAUUAUUAACAUAUAAUGAUUUAUGGAAGAGUGAUAAACAAAAAUAUACAAGUCGAUUUGUUUUAAAAUCUCGUACAUAUUCUGAUUAUGAUGAAAUAAUGAAAAUUUUUUCUAAAAUUAAUCAAACAUUUGAUUAUUAUUUAAUUAAUAAAAAUAUUUAUUCAAUUGAAUUAUGUUUUAAACAAUUUCAUCAAGCAUUAAAAUAUCAUUGUAAAGAAUGGAUAAAUCAUUAUGGACAACAUUUAUACAAUAAAAUGUCAAAUAAACUAAAAGAAAUUGAUAAUAUUAUAAAUAAUUUAUUUCAAGGUCUUAAUCAUGAUGCUGAUACAAUACCUGAUUUAAAAUUUGUUUUAAAUAUAAUAAAACAAAUAAAUCAACAACAAGAAUUAAUUGGACAUCAAAUUUAUGACAUCAUACAAUCAUAUCAAAUAUUAGAUCAAUAUCAUUUUGAAUAUUCACAAACAGAAUCAAAACUUAUACAAACAUUAUUUCCACGGUAUACAAUGCGUUUUAAAAUCCGUAAACAUUAUCGUCAUACAUUAGGCACAAAUAUUGAACAAGAACGUGGUUUUAUUAUAACUGUUGUUGAUGAUAUUCUUCAAGGACUUGAAGAUUCAACAUUACUUCUUAAUAUAACAUCACGUUUCGUUGGUAUUUAUCUUUUACAAGUUGAACAAUGGAUUCGAAUAUUAUCUUUAAUUCCUGAUGUAAUUAAAUUAUGGGCAAUUGUACAACAAAAAUGGAUGUAUCUUGAAAAUAUAUUUAUUGGUUCUAAUUUACAAUUUGAAACAUCAAGAAAUUCAUUAGUUAAAGAUGCUUGUACACAUCCUGGUCGAUAUGAUGAAUUAAAAUCAAUAUUAAAUCUUAUUGAAAAAAUUCAAAAAGUUCAAAUGAAUAUUUAG